AUGCGACCCGUUCCUACUUCCGCCUCCGGUCGUGGUGGUUCUGGAGUGACUUGUGCUUUUCCAUACCCACGGGUUGCAAUGAACCAAGCUGGCCUCUUACCAAUGCCUCAGCUAGCGCGAUCGCUGGCUAACUACCACGCUCUCUCUCUCUCUCUCUCUAUCUGUCUCCGUCAUUUCAUAUCUGUAUAUCCGCCCAUCUGUUCCAGAUUUUCUUUCUACCUGCCUGUCUGGAGAUGGCGCGUCGAGCAUAACGGAAAGACUUUCUUCAAUAAACCACAGAACGUUAAUCGCGUGCUGUUAUUUUCACUCAAUAUCAUUUUUUUUUUCUUUUUACUGCCUGACCUCUUAAACCUUUUUAUUUCUUCUUUUGCUCCCCUCCAUUUCCCGUUUGCUCCUUCAAAGAAUCUCAGACAUAGAUCACACACUCUCUCUCUCUCCCCACCUCUCUCUCUCUCUCACUUUCUCUCUCUCUCCCUCUCUCUCUCCAUCAUUAAUCUUACCCAUGCCCUGGAUUUCUUGUGUUUACAAGAUUCAAGGCAUUUUUCUCGUUUGCUCGAAAACGUAGGAUUCUUUCUGGGAACUCUGGUCGUAGAAGUCAGCGCUUCUCUGGGGACCACACAUUCGGUUUGA